GUCUUUUUUAGGGGGCCUUGUCCUUUGGGUUCCUUUUCGCAUUGGUUUUUUGUCGAGUCAGGCACCUCCGGCACAAGCUCUUCUUUGGGCCCCCGUUCUACGAGAUGCUGACAGCCAGGCAGCACGGCGAGCCUCCCUCCCCAUACACCGCUUGGUACUUUAGCUCCGACCCUGUGGCCAGCUCUUUCCCCGACAACCUUUGGGAGCCUCCCUUCUGGGACUCAGGCGCCGAGUGUGACUCGCAUCGAAGAUCCUGGCACCAGAGCCUGCAGUUCCAGCGCUCGCCCGCCUUCCUCUUUCAGAAGCGCGGGCCUUCGCUUCCCGGAGAUGAAGCCGCCGCGCGCGUCUGGUGGUGCGGCAACGACACGUCGCUGCUCUGCGCAUCCACGGCCGCUCACCGGGAUCCUUUCCGAAGCCUCAUGUACAGUACGAACCCCAUGCUGUUCCGGCGGGAGACAUGGGAGCUCCACGUGAUGAGCUACAUGACGUUGCUGCAGGACUUGCGUGCCGUGGAGGAGACGCUUACCAGCUCUUAUACGUGGCGUGUGGAGCCCACCUUUGUGCUGGGCCUCUCCUUGGGGCUUUUCCGGCACCACCGCCUGGACCGCAGGAGUGCGCCUCAUCCGGAUGAUCCAUUGGCAGCUCUUUGCGGCGCCCGCGACGAGCUUCAAGAAAAAGAGCGGAGUCUCAGAGAGGGCUGAGACAUCCAAGACCUGCGUGUUUUUCUGCGUCUUAUCAAGGGUUGGC